AAAAUUAGACUUGCAAGAUUUGUUGACGUUGCUUUGCUUACUAAGCUUGGAAUUUAUAACUUUUCCUUUUAAAUAAAAAAUGUCUUCUAAUUGGGAUGAAAUUAAAAGAUUAGCUUCAGAUUUUCAGAAAGUUCAAUCAUCUUCCAAUUUACAAAGGUUAUCAGAAAGAAAUUGUGUUGAAAUAGUUACCUUAUUAAUUGAAAAGAAAUUAAUUAAUGUCGUAUUUACAACCGACGGAAAGGAAUAUAUAACUCCAGAGCAUUUAGAAAGAGAAACACUGGAUGAACUAUAUGUACAUGGAGGUCGCAUUAAUUUAGUUGAACUUUCUAAAAUUUUAAAUGUUGACUUAAGCAAGUUAAAUGACAUUGGGGAGAAAAUUGUUAAAGAGGAUGAUAGCAUUCACUUUAUGUUAGGACAAUUUAUUACUGAAACUUAUAUUGAAACAAUAGCUCAUGAAAUCAACGAAAAAUUAGCGGCACAAGGCGAAAUAUCUGUUUCAGAUUUAACACUGCAAUUUGAUCUUCCUUCAGAAUUUUUACAAACCAAUGUAGUAGAGAAACAUUUAGGAGGAAUAAUUAAAGGUAGGCAAGAUCCGGGAAAUCCAAGAGUAUUCUUUACACAAGCAUAUAUUCAGAGAUGCAGGGCUAAAAUACGUGGAGCUUUGACUGCUAUAACUCAACCAAUUUCUGUGUCAGCCAUUUUGCAGCAUAUAAAUGUACCUGAAAAAAUUUUCUAUUCGCUAUGCGAUGAAUUUUCCUCCCAAGGAACAUUUACUUCAAAACAGAUUAAUGCACAAUAUAUUCCACAUAUUUAUUCUAAAAUGCAGGUUGAGUGGGUUACCUCAUUUUAUAGUAAUAACGGCUUUCUUGAGUACGAAGCUGUGUCGAAAUUAGGUAUAUCUGAUGCCAAACAGUUUAUAAAAAAGGUUUUACCAAAUGAGGAAAUGAUGUUCUUAAAAAAUUGUGUUGUGGGAUCAAAAAUUAUAGAUUUAACUGUUAUUUCUGCUUUAAAUGAAUGUAAUGCAACUAAAAGUUAUGUAGAUUUGUCAACGAUUCUACCAAGUAAUAUAGAUGAAGAAGAUAUUGAAGAGCUUUUCAAUGCGGUUAUGAGUUCGAAACAUCUCUCUUAUAACUUUGUAUUCAUAGAAAAUACUGUGUUUUCUUCACAAUACCUGACGGAGCUUAUUGAACCUUGUAUAGAAAUUUCUAAAAAAAAUGCGAAGGAAUCUGUGGAUAGUGGCCAGUAUCAAGCUUACAUUGCUGCAAAACAAUUAAGCAACAGAGGAAAUUCAGUCCAAGAAUUUGAAAUAGAUUCAAAGACUGAUAAACGCGAUGAACGACGUAAAAAGGCCGCAGCGGGUAAAGCUGGAGGAGGUUCGCAGGGUCGCGAAACAAAAACGAAAUCAACCAAGAAACAUCGUGGUGGAGCUGAUAAAAGCCGUAAUAAUGAUAGUGAAGAAGAUGAAAAACCUUUAAAAGUUUCAAAUAAAGUUCUGGAACUUGUAAAAUUAAACGAAAUUGAAAAGUGUAUAAAGCCGAAGUUAGAAGAAGAAGGCUUAGAAGAUUUGCGAAAACACAUUGCGAAGUUAUAUUACGCGGAUUUAAAUCAAAAGGCCUUAGUAACAGCACAAACACUAUUUGAAUCGACACCUCAAACAAAUAGAAGACAAACACAUUCCCAACUCCAAGAUCGCAUUAAUACUCUUUUAAAUGAUAUUCGUUUAUAUGAAAAGGGUUUAAAGUUGUUACCUCAUGAUACUCAAACUCAACUAGUUAAAUACCUGCUAAAAUCUCUUGGUAAUGACAUUUGCAACGAAUUGGUUGUUUAUGCAGCAAAUGAGUGUAAUGUGAAUGUGAAAAAUCCGGCGAAUUUAAAUAUCGAUCAAAGAAAUAAAAUUAUCCAAGAAUGCGAUGCUGAAUAUAAAACAGCCCUUCUUGAGUUGAACAAAUCAUUAAAUAAAACACUUGAAGAAUUUUUAGAAGCUUCAGAUAUUGCUCUUAAGGCAUGUAGUAUGAUUACAAAAAAAAUUGAUAAAAAGCGUGAUAGGUUAUUAAUGCAUCAACAUAAAGAAAAAUUGAUAGAGCAAAUAAAAGACACAGAAGACCCAGCUUUAAUUUUGCACUUGUCAACUUUAAUUUUAUUUUCAACUGUAACGGGAUGUAUUUUACAUGCGUCUGGGCGUUUUGUAUCGCAAAUUUUAAGUUUCUUAAAGCCGAACUUUAAUGAUGAGCAGAACAAAAAUUUCAUGGAAUUUCACGAUUUAGUGUUAAAGUAUUUAAGCGUUGGAGGUGAAUCUGAAGAAGGAAAAAUUGUUUUUGAACAAUUAAAGUCAUUAGAAAAUUCUAUUAGAGAUUUUGCUAUUAAUUAUGAAAAGCCAGGAACUGUGAAAGCCGAUUAGAAUUCUGUAAAUAUUUGUUUUGGUUUAUUGUUGUAUACAUAUAUUUUCGUUAUUACAAGGAACUUUUUUAUUUGAAAAGAAAAAUAAAAUUUACAGUAAAGUAAAUUAUGAA